AUGAACACUCUCCUCUUGAGCAAAUCAGCAACAAAGGGCUCUAGUUUAGAGUCUUGUAUCCGCUUAUUUUCAGCAACAUCCAUUGCUUGCUCCAAGCGUUCAGCAUUGCGCAAGCCCAAUGUCUCUUCAUUAACAAAGCACUUGAAGCCUGAUGGACUCAAUGGUCGUGAGCGCCGAGAUCUACUCAAGGCAGCACUGAAAACCAACAAACCCAAGACAAAUGCACCAUACGUUCCAGUGAAAAGAAGAUUGGAAACGAUCAAACCCAGUGUAUUGCCAACCUUAUCCAGAAAGAACCCUGACUUGGUUACUGAAAAGCAACCCAGCAAUGCAAAGCAGCUGUCUGCAUUCCUCGCCACACAAACCUUUGACGAUUUAGAGCUUAGUGCAGAAACCGUUACAGCAGCCAAGACUGUAUUGGGAAAUACAGACAAUUUGAAGCCUACAGAGAUUCAGGCAUUAGCCAUCCCACAAUUAUUGGAUCGUCGCAAAAAGCAUGUUUUGGUUGCAGCAGAGACUGGAUCAGGAAAGACAUUGUCCUACUUAUUACCUACCAUUGAUAUGCUGAAAGCCGAUGAAAAGACAAAAGGUCUUGUCAAGAGACGGUUGGACCAUCCCAGAGCUGUCGUGUUGGUACCCACUCGAGAGUUGGUUAGCCAGGUGGUGAAGAGCUGUAAAGGAUUGAGCCAUGUCACCAAAUUCCGUGCUGUGGGAUUAGGAGGACGAACACCCAGAAGCCAAGUCUCUGAAUUGCUUGCGAAUGGGCCUAUUGAUAUUUUAGUGACAACACCUACAACGCUUGUUUCCUAUCAAAAAGACGGCACCUUGUCUUUGACUGACACCCGCUAUUUGAUCAUUGAUGAAGCAGAUUCCUUAUUCGAUGCUGGGUGGGGAGAUGACUGUCGAAAGAUCAUUAAACGUGUGCAAGAAACAGCCGAAAAGACAAAGCAACCCGAGAAAGUCGUUGUGGUAUCAGCAACGUUACCUCGCUCUGUUCACAAUGCAUUGGACACACUUUUCCCUCAUCUUGUCAAGAUCACAACACCCUCUUUGCACAAAGCGCUACCCAACCUGAAACAAUCGUUUGUGGAUCUUCAGCGGUUCCAAGGCAACCGACAGCUCGCACUGUUAGAAGUAUUGAAAAAGAACAUCAAGGACGACAAGACACUAGUGUUUUGUAAUACCAAGAAAUCAGUAGAGCUAGUGCAUAAAUUCCUGCAAACCAAGAACCUGCAUGCCCUGGCACUGUAUAAGGAUGCUCCCAUGAGUCGCACAGAAGCACUGGAGCUGUUUUCACAACCCAAGCCAAAUGAAGGUGAAGAAGGAGGCAAUGUGGAUCAUAAUGUGUUGAUUAGUACGGAUAUUGCAUCCAGAGGUAUCGAUACAACGUUUGUGGAUCAUGUCAUUUUAUACGAUUUCCCUACUUCUGUGGUGGAUUAUCUGCAUCGCGUGGGUAGAACUGCUCGUGCCGGUCAAACAGGCAAAGCUACAUCACUUAUUGGACGCAAAGAUAGAAUGAUGUCUGAUCGCAUCAAGAGAUCCAUUCGCGAAGGCACCGUUAUGACUUAG